AUGCCAGUGGCCGAGAAGAUCGACACAGAACGCUAUGAAAUCGAGAAGAUCUCGGGAAAUAAAAUUAUUAAUAACACAAUUUUAUACAAAAUUCAAUGGGUCGGAUACACGAAGGACUACGAUUCAGAAGAGGCCGAAUGGAGGAUGACGUGCGAUGAGAAGCUCAUCGAAUUCUCGUUAUCGACUUUGGAUAAAAAUCGAUAUAUCGAUCGAUUGGAGCCAAUGCUCUUGAAUUAUCGAAAGUUCAGAGAUGAUGCGAAGAGUAUUAUGAAUUUUAUCGAUCCAGUUUCAAUUCUCGCUUUGACAACAUUUCAGUGUGGAAGUGUGAAGUUUGUGGAUCAAGACACAGUUUCCAGUAGAUUUUUGUUGCUUGAGUAUCUACGAGACAGCAAGCAGCAAUAUCUCCUCCACACGGCGUUCCUCCCUUCUGAAGACGUCAUUGAUGAAAGUGAACAUCGUUACGCCAGAGAGCUUCAGUCCAGGAUGGAAGUCUUCUCGGAGCAUCCACUCGUCAAAAUCAUCAUUCCACUGGACAUAGAAGGCGUCUUCUAUUCCCCACCACCACUUUCUAACCUGAUUUUCGAGCCAGUCACAGUUUGGAUGUGUGAAAACUCCUCCCAUUAUGAAAACCUCUUUGUUUCGAAAUCAGAAGACGUUGGGUUCAAUGGGACGAAGCCGUUUUUGGAUUCGGAAUAUCUAGAGCCAAAAGGACCCAAGCAAGAUCCAAAAUACUUCCAUGCCUUCGAAGCUAAUGAAAAUAAGAAAUUCUACAACGGAAUGAAGAGACUUGACUAUCAACAGGACCCAAGAUUCCAUUGUAACCUAAAAUUAAUAUCUGAAAUUGGACGUGGAUGGGUGUUGAGAGCAUCUCAUGUGAUUCCGAAAGAGACACCAAUUAUGAUGAUGGCUGGAGUGAUUGGUCCAUGGAAACGCGCCCAUAAUUCGUUGGUUCGGAGUGGAGAGCGAAUUGCGUUCAGCUCGUUUAUCGAGAUUCCGGGGACAGAAAUGUGUCUGGAUCGUAGGCUUUAUCACGAUUUUACAAAGUAUAUUCCUCAUAGUUGUGCUCCAACUUGCUCGGUCCGUCUUGUCAAGUCUGGAAACGAAUACCCGGAUCUCGUCGUCUACUCGCUAACUGAUAUCAAUGCGUCCAAUAAUUUUUCAAUCUCCAUCGACUAUUAUCAGGGAUUCAGAAAAUAUGUGAAUCGAUAUUUCUGGACGAAUCGUCAUCCAGAUGGAAAGAUUUUCAAUUUAUAUGAGAAUGAAAUCGAUUUCGUUCAUUGUCAAUGCAUGGAACGACAGUGCAGAACCAUUCUGUAUAUCGAUAAAUCGCUGAAAUCCCAUGAUCCAUCAGUGGGGAAAGAGAAGAAACUCGAAAAUCUCGACCCGAAUUUCGAGUUCCGUGGAAUGUCCGUGGUCGCCGACACGAAAAGAAUCUGGGAGAUCCAGAAGGGCGUCUUCGUUGAAUAA